AUGUAAGUCUGGAACAAGAGACGAACCACUUCCUUGCAAGCUCUCCGAGUCAUACGCAGCGAGUUCAGACCGGCUCCUCCGAAGUAUUUCCCCGUCGAUAUCCUGAAAUCACCCGAAAAAAACCUUCACCAUGAAGCUCCUUUUGGUUCUACUGGCGGCGACAGUUGCCCUAGCGAACAGCGCAGCAGUGCAGAAGAGUGACAUUUCCAACUUGUACCAGUUCGGCAACCUCAUUUCGUGCUAUGGGGGUGCGGGUUUCUUCGAUGGGUUGGACUACAACGGCUAUGGUUGUUACUGCGGCUACGGAGGCAAAGGAACACCGUUGGAUGACACCGACAGAUGCUGUCUAGUACACGAUAACUGUUACGGCAGAUCUACCGCGGAGGCCGACUGCGGUUCUUGGGACCCCUACGUCAUAGUUUACGACUAUACAGAAACCACUGUUCAAGCUGGAAACUGUGUCAUCGAAUGCAAAAAAGCGGCAGACUAUUCUUGGUAUUCUACCGAUCCCGAAUGCAGAGAGUUCAUUUGCGAAUGUGACCGCGCGGCGGCGCAGUGCUUCGCUGAAAAGCGCCCAACGUACAACCAAGCUUACGAGUCCUAUGACAAAGAUAGUUGCUAAAUGGGUACGGCACAUAUUUCCGACACAGUCGACUCGAAGUGACCUAAACAUUACAAAGUUGGAGAUAUCUUCUGAGUGGCUUGAUCCAAAUUGGUAAUUCAAACUUAAUUAACGGAAAAAAAGUUGUUCUAAAAAAAAAUGUUCCAGACAGCACGCUCUAUUAAAUGUUUCGCCCUAUAUUGAUGAUUCGGGUAAAUACUGAUUUAAAAAAUUGAUCAAUAUUAGUAAACAGAACAGUUGCAUCUUCAUUUUCUUUAAAGGUAAAGCACGCGUCUAGUGAGCACGCAUUUUCAUGGUAUGAAAACUAUGUUGUAUUUGCAGCACACUCGUAUGCGUCAUCAAAGAUGCCUGCCAUAUCAUUAAUCCUUCAUUUGGAGAAGAUUUUCAGUCAAAACAAAAGUAGGAUUCUACUACAUUGAUGCUCAUGCUUUUUUGUGUGAAUGAUUAUACCGAAUAAAUUGCUUGUAAAAUUCAGGUUAUAAUUUCACGGAUUUAUUAAAGAGUAACUUUUAAAUUAUCAUAUACUAUUGUUAAGGAAAAUAAAGGAGUAGCCAUAUAGUAGCCGCAAAAUAUA